AUGACUCUCCUUACAACCAGAUCCGUGGCAUCAAAGUGCCUGAAGUGCCCAACAUUUCUUACUGGGAAAUGUGCAGGAACCAUGGCCACCAAACGGCGCAUGGCAACUGAGGCUGUUGUUUUCAGUAGAAAGGACAAGAAGGAGGGUGACAUAUCGUCUGUUUUCACGUCCUUCUCUGGCCGAAAAGCCGAACCCUUACCCGAGAGAUUCCGAGACCUCAAGGCGAACCUCACUGCCGGAUUUGAAGAGCAAAUCCAGAAAUCCUGGGAUGAUUUGGUUGAGGUUCUCAAAGUUCGAACUGAAGAAGUCGCGAAAAAGCGCGAAUCUAUCAUUCCUCAGAUUCAAUUCUCCGACAUUCAGACUAGCAAUGUCUCCUCAGCCAGCAUUGAUGCUGUUCGACGAACCGGCGUUGCUGUCAUCAGGGGCGUUGUGCCCAAGGACACCACCGAGGCACUUCUCAGCGAUGUGCGCCAGUAUUUUUCCAAGCAUGCAUUCAAGGGCUUUCCGUCAGAUGCCGACCAAAAGGUCGUUUACGAGUCGUACUGGAGUCCAUCCCAGGUCAAGGCGAGGUCGCAUCCAAACAUGCUGGCCACACAAUCGUGGAUGAAUCAGUUUUACCACGCCGAUACGGAUCAGAAAAUUGACCUUGGCACUCCUCUUUCUUAUUGCGACCGAGUCCAGAUUCGUCCUCCUGGUGAUAAACAAUUUGCGCUUUCUCCACACGUUGAUGGUGGAGGCGUGGAACGAUGGGAGGACAAAGCCUACAACCAUGUUUAUCGCAAGAUAUUCCAAGGAAAGUGGCAAGAGUAUGACCCGUGGGAUCUCACUGGCCGGCUCGACGCCAACAUGAACAUGUAUGAUGGACCAGGAGGUUGCUCUGUGUUCCGCACGUUCCAAAGCUGGCUUGGGCUGUCUCGACAUGGACCUAAUGAAGGAACUCUCGUCGUUCAUCCCAUCUUGCAGCCAUCUACGGCUUACUGGAUGCUCCGUCCGUUCUUCAAGCCCACCCAGAAGGGCUCACUGAAUGGGUGGAAGUUCUCCCUCGACGACGACGAUGGAAACGUUUUUCUUCACGGUGCGAAUCCUGGAACCGCGCAGGAGCAUAACCCUGACCAUCAUCCGCAUUUAAUGUUGAGCGAAACUAUGAUACCUUACCCUACCGUCGAGCCUGGCGACACUGUGUUCUGGAGUGCCGACACUAUCCACGGCACGGAGAGCGAGAACACGGGAAACGUCGACGCCUGCGUUUUUUACAUUCCAUCGGUCCCGCUGACAGCUAGCAACGCGCAAUACGUCGCGCAGCAGCGGGAUGCCUUUCUGAAGGGAGUCCCUCCGCCUGACUUCCCUGGUGGCAGCGGAGAGUCUGAGUUUGUGGAUAGAGGAAGCACUAAAGAUAUUUUGAGCGACUCUGGCAGGCUUGCAAUGGGAUUGAGUCCUUUGAACACAUCGGAGGCGACCAAGGGGAAGGAGGGUCUUGUGUCUGAGGUGAACAAGAUCUUGGGUUACUGA